CGAUUACGCAAUUAAAAAGGUUAAAACCUAGGUACAGUUGCAACACGUGUCCCUGUGUCUCAUCUCGUUGGUAUACCUACUUAACUGAUGAGCUCACACUAGACACCCAUUCUCAAUCACACGUACUUGAUAAUACUAAUUCAUAAUUUGUAUAUAUAUAUCCCAUUCUCUCUUCGUCUUCUUCCAAACCGAAUAUACGUUGACAAUCAAAAAAAAAAUCUCUUCACAGUUCCCUCCAUCAAUUAUUACUCUACUACAGUAAUACUCCAUUCAUAAAUUUAUACAUGUCCUUGAUAGAUACCAAAGAUAACCAUAACAUUCGCCUCAAUCUUUACAAACAUCUCGAAAGCAUUCUUUCCUGUUUCAACAUGACUAAACUCAAAACCAAUAAUCUCAAUGGUAGUACGAAUAUCUCUAAGGAUCAAAAGGGUUCUGGAAGGCAAGAGUUGCGCAAGCUUUUGAAUUCUGAACCAACCCUUUUCUUCCCUCAAGUAGAAGAUGGUUAUGAUGAUGAUGAUAAUAGUACUACCAUUAGUAAAGACGAGUCCGGUCGCCGGAAUAGUACGGCUUCCGUUCCGAGCACUCGGUACCACUAUUACAACAUGUCUCCGGCGCCCAGCAGCGGAGCCGCUUCUCCGGCCUAUUAUUUUUCCCCUUGGAACCAACCGGUUUCCCCCUUUUCCAAGUCUCCUUGGAUUCAACAACAAUUUCUUCCACCGCUUGAAUCUCUUCAGGACAACCCGGAAUACGGGUUCGGUAACGGGUUAAUCGGGUCGCUGGUUCGAGAAGAAGGCCAUGUUUACUCGUUAGCCACCGCCGGUGAUUUGCUCUACACGGGUUCCGACAGCAAGAACAUAAGGGUGUGGAAGAAUUUGCAGGAUUUCGCCGGGUUCAAGUCCAACAGCGGGUUGGUGAAGGCGAUUGUGGUGUUUUCCGACAAGAUAUUCACGGGUCAUCAAGACGGCAAAAUCCGGGUAUGGAAAUUAUCCGGUUAUAGAAAGAACAAUUACAAGCGAGUCGGGAGUUUGCCAACCACCAAAGACUAUUUGAAAAGCUCUAUGAAUCCGAAAAACUACGUGGAAGUAAGACGGCACCGGAACGUGCCGUGGAUCAAGCACUACGACGCCGUUUCAUGCAUGGGAGUCGACGUCGUCGGAGGUUUCCUUUAUUCCGGUUCGUGGGAUAAAACCUUCAAAGUUUGGAGGAUAUCGGAUUCGAAAUGCAUGGAGUCCAUCGCCGCCCACGACGACGCCGUGAACUCGGUGGUUGUCGGGUUCGACGGGUUGGUGUUCACCGGCUCCGCCGACGGGACGGUGAAGGCAUGGCGGAGGGAGCUGGUGGGGCGGAACACGAAGCACGUGCUGGUGGAGACAUUGUUGGCGCAGGAGAACGCGGUGACGUCGCUGGCGGCCAACGGAAAAGCCGGGGUGGUCUAUGCCGGUUCGUCCGACGGGUUGGUCAACUUCUGGGUGCGGGAGAAGCACUUCGUGGCGCACGGCGGCGUCCUGAGGGGGCACAAGAUGGCGGUGCUGUGCCUGGCCGCCGCCGGGGACCUGGUGUUCAGCGGGUCGGCGGACAAGAGCAUAUGCGUGUGGAGGAGGGAAGCCGGUGGGGUCCACGCGUGCAUUUCCGUCUUGACCGGGCACAGUGGUCCCGUCAAAUGUCUGGCUGUGGAAGAAGAUGCGGAAUACGAGGAGGAGAACAUUAACGGUGAUGAUCGGAGGUGGAUACUCUACAGUGGAAGUCUGGACAAGUCGGUUAUGUUAUGGAGAGUUAAUAAUAACGCGCCGCCCAUCAAGUAAAUCAAAACUUGGGUUUGAAGUUGUUUUGAAGACAUACGCGCCUCCGUAAUGGUUGGUUUUGUGCGGUCCCCACACCGUCCAAGAAAGGAGCCGGGGACCGGUAGGUUGAUGCUGAUCGCAGGUGCGGUCCCCCUUCCGGAGAGAAAAGAAGAUUUAGAAGUGCGUAGGGUUAGCUUGGCUGUUAAGUUUCAAAUAUUCAAUCUAUUUUGAAAUGGAAACUUUCUACAUCUCCAAUUCAAAGUUGAAGAUGUUUCUUGUGUAUGAACAUGUUUCUUGUGUACAGUUGGAUAUAUAUCUUCAUUCCUUCAUUAUACUUACAAAAACUGUAGAAAAGUUGAAGAAUUUUGACUCUAGAUCGUUGGAUUCAAGAUUGUCUAAUAGUACAGUUUUUGUUUGAGAUUGUUCUAGUGACUGAUGAAACACUCAACAAACAUAACGAAAGGCUCAG